AGAAAGUAAAAAUGUCCCGUACUGCGAACGUGAUAAAAGCAUUCACUAUAUAAGUAUGAUUACUCAUUAACAGCUUUUCGUCCCGCGAAGACAGAGCAAACAAUGAAGGUGUAUGUUUGGAUGCCAACCAAUGAGCUAGUCGGCCACGCCUCUCUGGAGCUCUCUGAUGGAACCUACAUCAGCUGGUGGCCCGAUGAAGAUAAGAACAAAAGCUUGCCUAUGGUAACGAUGAAGGGCCACGCUUCGUCAAGUCUCGAGGAGGACAUUGACGGCGAAGGCCGUCAGCCGACUCACGAAUUCACUCUGAAGAAGAAGUACGACGAAAGGAAAAUGAAAAAAUGGUGGGACAAGUUUAAGUACGAAGGGUGGUAUGUGUUAACUGGAUCCAACUGCUGCUGGGUCGUCUACAAAGCAUUGACAGAAGGCGGAGCCCCGAGUGAAUUCCACACCAUUUGGAAACCAGUGAAUAUCAGGGACUAUGCGGCUAAACUGUGAGAUGCUGCGUGACAGGGGCCCGUUUUACAAAACAUCAUGGACCUAGUUUACAAAGCCUAACUAAAAGACUUACACGCGUGUAACUACGUACAUUUACAAUGCUUAAACACCUUCGUGUAACUACGUACAUUUACAAUGCUUAAACACCUUCGUUUACGAAAAACAGGCUUCCAGGGUUUAUUUCAGAGGGUUGGCGCCAUACCAAACUUAACCUAUUCUUUUUCUGGCAGAGGCCACCCAUACCCCUUGUUGACUGUGGUUACAUUCAAUUCCAUAGCGCCAUACCAAAUAUUUCUUUUUGGCAGAAACACUGGCUUCGUAAAUUUGGCCCCACAAGUUUACGUCUGCGACUAGCGGUUAUACCAGUCAUAUGUUUACACGUGAUUGGCAUCUGGUUCACGCAGAAAGUUACAUCAUUAUGGAAGAUGGAGCAUUUCAAGGAGAAAAGAAAAUGAAAUAUGUGAACUGCAAACUAUAUUAGUGGUACUAUUAGUAGUAAUAAGGAUUGUGGUUUAGUCGUAGAUUUAUGAUUACGUGCGAAACUAGUCUUACAAUGUUUUGUGAUAUUUCAUGUUUUUUGUCAAAUAUGAUUUAUGUCUCAUCGAGUGAAGUUUGCAAUCAUAUCUCACGAGUAGCUCUUAAGUGAGUGACUGAUAACACUUUUAUUUCACUAAUAUUUUAAGAUAUUUCACUAAAUGUUAUAUAAUAAGUCAAGUUAAUGUUUCUGAAAAGAGUUAAUAAUCAGAUUAUCUGGACACCGUUUUACUAAACGAUCUUUGCGCUAAGAUCACCUUAAGUGCAUAAGGUAGUUACAGCUAAGAUCUCCUUCAGUGCAUAAGGCAGUUAGCGCUAAGGUCACCGUAAGUGUAUAAAGUAGUUAGCGCUAUGAUCGCCUUAAGUGUAAAAGUAAUUAACGAUAAGAUCACCUUAAAUGCAUAAGGUAGUUGCAGCUAAGAUCUCCUUCAGUGCAUAAGGUAGUUAGCGCUAUGAUCACCUUAAGUGUAUAAAGUAGUUAACGCUAUGAUCGUCUUAAGUGUAUAAGUAAUUAACGCUGAGAUCGUUUCAUAGAACGGGACCCAGGCCCAUAUUUUCGGAAUUGUCCUUAGCGCUACUAUAUCUAAACCCAUCGCUAGGC